AGAGCGUAUCGACGACGAGCGUGUAUCUGUGACGUCUUUCGCGUCGGAUGGACGUUAAUACCGUCAGGGGUAGCGUCGCAGCGCCCCCGAUCGUCGGUUGGAAGCCCCGCCCCUGUGGAAGCCGUGCGCCAACGGGAGUAUGACUUCCCAACCGGGAGGCCCGCCUACCGGAGACAGUGAGGUACCCGGCUAUCCCCGAACCACCGACUCAGUAUCACUCCAAGUCUCGAGCGUGGUACGCGUGUAGUUACAGAAGGUCGGGACUGCCUGUUGGCAUUUUUCAGCGACGAUCUAUAGAAUAAAAUCUAGCGUGACAGCCGAGGUUCUGCGCAGAGUGUGUUUUUGACGUUUCGCGACCCCCUUCUAGCGGGAUCGUCGGGAUAUUUUCGAAGAAGAACGGGAAAAAAAAAGAGAUAUCGAAAGAGUGUCUAACAGUGAGGCGACGAGAGUCAGGAUAAUCCGUUCACUCCUGCGACCGCGUCCCGCCAGCCGAUGGAGCUGACGGACACCAAGAUGGAGCCGCUAACGCCACCCCACACGCCCCCGUCUUCGGGGGGGGCCGAUUACCACCGGGGCUCGCCGCCGCCGUGGUUCCGCUCGCCUCAGCAGUUCCACCAGCACCCGCAGCAGCCUUCCGGGUACCACGCGGCCUUCCUCGACCACUGGCUCAGGGGUGCCGCCCUCCUCGCGGCCAGGGGAUGCUGCCCCCAGCCGGUUUCGCACCCACACCCCCAUCCCUACGCGCAUUCUCACCCGCAUCCCCAUCAGCAUCCGAAUCCGCACGUGCAGUCGUCGGGCCACGCGAGGCAUCCGGGACUUCCGGUUCCGCCCCCGGUGUCCUUCAUGACACGAAGAUCGCCCGGACAGCGGCCCAAAAAACAAUUCAUCUGCAAAUUCUGCAACAGACAAUUCACGAAGAGCUACAACCUACUGAUACACGAGAGGACUCACACCGACGAACGUCCCUACAGCUGUGAUAUUUGCGGGAAGGCGUUCAGGAGGCAGGAUCACCUCCGAGAUCAUCGGUACAUCCACAGUAAGGAAAAGCCAUUCAAGUGCGGCGAGUGCGGAAAGGGAUUCUGCCAGAGCAGGACCCUCGCCGUUCACAAAAUCCUUCACAUGGAAGAAUCGCCCCACAAGUGUCCCGUAUGCUCUCGCAGCUUUAACCAGAGGAGCAAUCUGAAGACCCACCUGCUCACUCACACGGACGUCCCUCAGGACCUCAGAGUCGAGCCCCAAACCGUCCCAGUUCUUCCUGUAAAUGCAACCGCACCGGUCAUCAGGCACGCCACUCAACGCGAGAGGAUCACGAACGGUCUUGAGGCCAACCAGACUAGGCCAAAGCUAGGAUUCAGUAUAGAGGAUAUCAUGAGACGCUAGGUUCUUUAUAGGACACGCCGAAUUUCCUAUCACAGUAUUAACUAAUCAUUAUGUACGUUUAGUUUUACUGUUAAGUCUGAUAUAGGAUACACAUAUAUAUAUAUAUAUGUAUAUAUAUAUUACAUACGUAUAUACUUCGACAUUGCGUUACCCGUGUUAUUUUAGCUGCAGUCAGGUCCGUGUUUCCAUUUUUCAACAUUUUUUAUAAUUUUUUUUUUUUUCCAACUCGCAUUGUUUUUGUGCAACGAAUCAAGGGACGAGCUUCAUAAAACGGUUUACAAAUUGGCACAUUUUUUUAUACCGUCUUCCGGAGUUCAAAUCCAGUUCUUUUAUUUAUUGUUUCUCUUUUUUUCCUUUUUCUCAUACGUAUUAAUAUACAUAUUUCGUGUAUAGCCGAUUUAAUAACAGAUCGUUAGGAAAUUUUGGCACUCAACGAUUUCGUAAACAAUGUUCGGGUAUAUAUCAUUUAGCAAGUAUACCGGGUAAUUCCAUGUUUGUACCUUUUUCGUAGACGUUAAUGAGGCAAAAUAUUGUGGUACCGCCUCGCAUAAUGUUAUACCGGGUACAUCAAGGGACCACGUUGUUGUGUAGUACAAAGUGAGAUAGAAAUAGAGGGAGAUGAGGGCGAAAGAAAAACAACGACAACGAUGGAUUCCGGUGAAGCUACGAAGAAAAAAUAAAAAUCAGACCGAGGGAGACUCGAGUAAAUGCGUAAAAGCAAACUUUUUUUUUCAUUCCUUCUCAUUUUCGGUGUGUGUUAUUUUCCCAUUUUUUUUCUUUUUCAUAUUUCUUUUUCUUUCUUUGGUUUUCCGCAAAUUGUAUAUACAUAGAAAACUGACCUUUAUCGUAUUGUCGUUGUUUGGCUUUGGCGAAGUGUCUAAAACUAAAAACAAAAAAAAAAACACAACAACACACACCCAUUUUGAGAAGGUGUGAAAUAUACGUUACACGCAU